AUGUCCUGUGUUUUCACACUCAUCGCAGCUCAGGACACACUUAUAGACAGAGCUGUGAGGCUGAUGUCUGAGACCCCUCUCAUCGAUGGCCAUAAUGAUCUGCCUUGGCAACUGAGGAAGCAGUUCAACAACCAGCUCAAGAAUGUGGAUCUGUACAAAAUCAACAAUACUCACACCAGCAUCCCCAAAAUCCAAAAGGGGCGGCUGGGAGCGCAGUUCUGGUCCGCCUAUGUUCCGUGUGACACACAGUAUAAAGAUGCAGUCAGACAGACUCUGGAGCAGAUCGACGUCAUCCACAGGAUGUGUCAAAAAUACCCAGAGGUCUUCAUGUUUGCCACCAGCAGCCAAGGUCUCAUCUUUCUGCACCACAUAGACAUCAUGGAGGCCUUCAACCAGAACAAGACAGCUAGUCUGAUUGGGGUGGAGGGGGGUCACUCCAUUGAUAGCAGUCUGGGCACCCUGCGCACCAUGUACCAUCUAGGGGUCCGCUACCUCACCCUCACACACUCCUGCAACACACCCUGGGCAGAUAACUGGCGUGUUGACAGCGGAUCAGAUCCAUCUGAGCAUGACGGCCUGUCUCCCUUUGGCAAGCAACUGAUUGUGGAAAUGAACCGUCUUGGGAUGCUGAUUGACCUGGCCCAUGUCCCUGUGAAAGUGAUGAACCAAGUGCUGGACAUGUCCCAAGCCCCGGUCAUCUUCAGCCACUCCUCUGCCUACACAGUGUGCAACCACAAGAGGAACGUGCCCGAUGACAUCCUCAUGAGGGUGAAAGAGAAGCAAGGCAUCGUCAUGGUCAACUUCUACAAUGACUAUGUCACCUGCAGCAAGACUGCUAAUCUCUCCAACGUUGCUGAUCACUUUGACCAUAUCAAGAAGGUGGCUGGACACACCAUCAUUGGUUUUGGUGGAGAUUAUGACGGAGUGACAAGAGUGCCGCAGGGUCUGGAGGAUGUGUCCAAGGUGCCUGACCUGGUGGCUGAACUGCUGAGGAGAGGCUGGACUGAUGAGGAGGUCAAAGCAGCUCUGGGAGACAACUUGCUCCGGGUCCUCAAAGAGGUGGAGAAAGUCCGUGACAACCAAAGCAGGACUCCUCCAGAUGAUGUGCCUAUUCCCUAUGAUGAAGUGGAGAACUCCUGCAGGACCAGCUAUGGUUACCCCGAGUCCAGCAGCGCUGCAGCCGUCCAGCCUCUCUGCUCGCUGGCCCUUCUGCUCACUCUGGCUCUGCACAGUCUGAUCACGGCCUGGUAGACUGCAUAUGUCACCUCCCUCUAUCUGUGCACAAAAUACAUAUACAUCGAUUUAAGAUUGCUGGGAUUGUUAUUUUUCUUCUUUGUAUUUCUUUUUCUUUCUUUUUGUCUCACUGUAUCUGGAUCUCUAAAACUGUAACAGUGACAGCCACCAGACUGACAACAUAGCUCCCAAAUCUCACCUACUACACAGGCAACAGAAAUGACAUCAACUGGCCAGAUGGUGGCGCUAUAUUAAACAAUUUCACAUUUUGGCCGAACAUGCUGUAACAUCAUGCACAUCUCUCACAUCAGCACAUUCAUCGCAUUGAGCUGGAUCUCAUGGUGCAGGCCAUACCCACAUAGCACCAAUGAUUUUUGCUUUUGCUCAGGGUAGUUGUUGUGCAAUUACUGUAUGAUGACCCAAUUUGUUGUGCAUAAUCUCUGGCCUCUCAAAACAAGAAAAAGGUUGCCAAAGGAUUUUUCAUAUUUCUAACCUUUUUGCUGCAAUGUG